AUGGCAACCAACUGGCAGCCCCCGUUCGGCCUGCCUCUUACCUUCCCGCCGCAGCAACAGCAGCAAAUAGCGCAACCUGCACAGGAUGAUCAGCAAGGUAGCUCGGCCGACCAGUACCAGCCUCCUCCCGCUGAUGCCUUCUCAAAUCCGUGGAAUAUACCGGGUCUGAACAUGCAGUCCUAUGGCCAGAACGGCCAACAAGCCCAGUUCCCGCCGGCGGCCUGGCCACCAUCGCCCCUACCGGCUAUGGGAAUGUGGAACGCCAUGCAAACUCAAUUCCCGUUCUUGACGCAGAAUGGUCCCAUUCCCCCGCCGCCUUUUCCCGGCCUGAACUUUCCGCCUGCCCCAUUCCCCCAAGCCCCUCUACAGAACGUUGCGUCACCAGGCUCUUUCUAUACGCCUCCCAUACAGCCUGGCGAACUCUCGCAGUCACGCCCGCCGGCAGCGAUCGACCGCCUUAUAGAAACGUUGGAUAGCGAUAAGGAAGAGGGUGAAGUGAGCGACGGAGACCGCAUGUCUCGCUCUCCCGCGGGCAAUGGUCGAGCGUAUCCAGAACCUCCUCGCUCAGUGCCUCAGAGCAGCGUACGCCCUGAUCGUGAACGCGAAGCCGAUCAACGGGAUUCUUAUGAUCCUAACCGACCGGCGGCCGGCCAGACGUUCCAAUCUCCACCGGAGCAGGCGAAGCCACGAACAGAUAGUCUGAAAAGCCCCGAUACCAUGCCCCAACAGCGAGAGGAGGCAAAGCAGUUCGUUCGACUGCUGCACAGCAACAAUAUGGGGUAUCAUACGCUGGCUGCGGAGGGCCUCGAUUCCGGCCCUCUGAGGGAUCUCUAUCGCAGCCUGAAUCUUCCAUCAGAACCUGAACCUGUACCGCUGCCCAAGACCAGGGACGCGGCUCCGUCUGGGCCAAGCAAUGGAGUCGUCACCUCGGGCCAAUCGGCCUCGCUCACUGGCAAUGGACAGACUCCACAGCCGAAGCCAAGCACCUCUGUUAAGAUCAACAUUGCUGCGAUCCCCCCCGCAAAGUCCGCCCCGUCACCUGUCGAUCGCAAAGACUACAUCGCACGGCUACAAGCUGCGAAGAUGGCCAAGCAGGCGACUUCAGCCAAGGCGACUCCGCCGCAGAAAACACCUCCGGCGACGUCAGCAGUACCAGCGGCCGCCAAAGCCCCAGAGCCUCCGACGGUUACCCAAGCAGGGCAGGCUAUUUCUGAGGAAGAGAAAGCCAGGAAGACCGAGCUAAUUCGGCAGCGUCUUGAAGCGCUCAAGAAGAACCCCUCAUCACCCGCGUCCAAGUCGGCAAAUACUGGGGCGGUUACAAAUCCAGCUACCAUUUCGUCUCCAGCCGCAAUUACGCAAUCCACGCCCAUCGCGGGGAGCUCUGCAAAGCCUCAGCCCUUACCCGCGGCAGCGUUUUCUGGCAUCCCAGGUCUAUUUAUGAACAGCCCUUCUACCGCUCCAGCCGUUCAGGCACCAUCAACUCCCGCCCAGAAUGCUGCAUCGGCAAUCCCCAGCAAGCGGCCUCUUGCCUCGGAUUCGGUAGAUACCGCCCCAUAUAUCAGUGACGCUGACUCCGGGGGCAGUGAAAUGGAUUUGAGCGAUAGCCAUGCCUCGAAACCAUCCGCUGUUAUUCCCCAAACCAUAAGUCGCAACGGAGAGCAAAAUCUUCGAACCGUGCAAUCGAUUCCUGACUUCCCUUUCCGAUCCGCAUCUGCAAUGCUGCCGUCUUCUGCUGUUAGCACUCCUGGCCCACAGACGCCGGCCAGUCUGGCUCGUGAAACAGAACUGUCAAAGAAGGAGAAGGAACUUGCGGCCAUGAAGCUAGCGCUGCAGAAGAGGAUGAGGGAACAGAGGCAGAAGAGGAUGGAGGCCGCUGCACCCUCCUCCCCAAAACCCCUAACGGGGACUCAGGAAUCGCUAAGUUCGAGUGCCUCUCAGCCCCAGCCUGAACCUCCGGUCACCGCUCAACCAGAAAAGGCUCCCAAGGGAAAUGCACCAGUUCCAGCAUCAAGUGGCGUCAUUCAGGCAUUGUCACGAGAGUCCAAGAGACAGCGACGAGCAGAAAUUGAGUCCGGGCUCCCAGCCCUGGAAGCCGAGAUUGCGAAUAACGCCGCCAGGAUGGCUCAGCUUGCGGAAGAGAUGGAGCAGCUGACUGCACACAACGAGAGAAUGAAGCAGGACAAAGGGAGGCUUAUCCGAGAGCUCGAGAGCCUUGGAAUUGAUACCGAGGGGAUGCCACAUGCAGAGCUCCAGGCUAAGAGAGAUGAGAUAGUGCGGGAACGGAAGGCCGAAGCUGAGCUACGUGCGCAGACGCCGGAAGUGCUCGCUCCAUCCUCCGCCAGUAUUGAGGACGAAGCUCAAGGUCGCGUCACACUGGAAUCCACAAUGGUCGAACCUACCGCAGUUCCCAGCAACCGCGAGACCUCAGUUCAGGGUCUCUCACACCCUGACGAUGUUAUCAGCUCCAUACAACAGGUGGCAAUCCCCGGGCUUCACGCAUCCGUUUCUCAGCCACCCGCGACGCUGGUGGACUCCCCUCGACAAUCUACGCGUCAGCAAGACUUAAUCCCAGAGAACAAAUCAGACGAGCUACCCUAUUCACCGGCGGCUGCGCCAGACAUGCCUCAGCCAGACGUUGCUCAACGUACCGUUACGACGGAGGCUAUGGAUGGGGAAACCCCAAAAGCCGUGGGUCUGCAGGAGUCUGCCACACCCAUUGACGACGAUGAGGAUUUCUAUUCUCCUGCACCCGCCCACACCGAGCCUGUCAUUGAUGAGCAGAGGGUGUCCGCGACCUCGCAAUUAGGCGCUAACUCUCCUUCGGAGGACGGCGAGGUCGCAAUGUCAGAAUCCCCAGACGAAGAGGAGUACGAGCCUGAGCAGCCUGCGAUAUUGACCGAGCCCGCAACGGAAGCGCAAACCCAAUAUGCACAAAUUUUCGGCUCCCCCGGCUCCUCCACUUCAUCAUCCAUGUCGACCCAUGAGGAUGAGGAGGUUUACGAACCGCCCGAUUUUGACGAGCCAAUACUCGACGACGAACCCCACGAGGCGGAUGCGAGCUUAGAAGCGACUGUUCAACAUGGAGAUGCUGAGGAAGGCGCUAUGAAUAUCUCCACACCAUCUUCUGAUGAGUCUGAAGAUUUUGAUUCCGGCCCCCAAUCGGCUGCGGAGAACACGAACGACGAGUUCACCCCUUUCAAUACCGGCCCAGAGCAAUCUGUACCUGUCGCUGACGAUUUAGCACCCGAGUUACAGUCCGAAACCGUGCCGGUGGGGGAACUCAUGGCUGAGAAACUAAUGUCGACAGCGGACGACGAGGCCGAACUUGCGAAGUUCGUGCCUUAUGAGAGUCCACUCCGAUUGUUCAAGUCGUACCGCUACCAUCCGAACUUCCCCGAAGAGGUUCCCGGUGGUUUCUUGUCUAUGACUUAUAGUCAUCAGAUCGACCCAGAUAAAGAACUCUGUCCGAUCGAGGUGACGGGUGCCGUUUGCAAUGAUCCCAACUGCCCGGGCCAGCAUUUUAGAGGAAUGAGUUUAACCGGUGCGUAUUCGCCAGCGGCCUUUAGAUCCUGUUUGUUUGCUUUCACCCCUUGUGAGAAGCUCUUAGUACAGCUCGGCACCGCAAACCCCGGGGAGACGCCCCAGGAGAAGCAGCUCUGGAACGACGGACUACGAGCUGUCUUGAAGGAACUACGCCAGAGAAACACCAAAGAUCCCAAUGGCAUUGCCAUGGAGAUUGCCAAAUACCGUCGCCAGUUCUUGAAAGACGAUACACGAGUGGUCAAUCUAUGA